GUUAUCCCGGAAGAGACUAGGAAAUGGGCUGGGAAGUUGUGGGAGCCUUUUAUUCAUCGCCUCGCUGCUUUUUCUCAAACUUCCAACUUCCCAUCUCAAGAAAUUUGAUCUUUUUCUGCCCUUCUUUGGAUCCCAAUUCCCAAGCCCUUUUUCUCUUUUCUCCUGCUGUAGCAUUUGGACCCUUUAUUUUUGGUAAGGCUUUUCAGAUCUGUGAUUUUAGACAUUGAUGGGGGAAAAGCUUUUGGCUGAGAGAUUUAGUGAGCAUAACUGUAGUUCAAGAGUUCCAAGAGGACCCAUGAAUGGUGUGAGGUUUGACAGGCUCAUGGGGAUUGAUCUCUCUGUUAAAGUUGAAGAGGGCUCCAAUGGCAGCCCUGAUUAUAGCAAUUGUAAGGAUUUCUUCUCUCUGGAAGGAGGCCGUGGUAGCUUGAGUUUCAAGCUCCUGUCAAAUGAUAAUGAUAAUGAGCUUCAAGAUGAUGAGACCCAUCAAUUGGUUACUACAGACCUCAAUGGCGCUGCUCCUGAGGAUCAUGACCCACAUAAUAAUAUCUCGAUUGGAUUGCAAUUGGUGACUGCACAACCCAAUUGUGCAAGUGAUCGGUCAACUGUGGAAGAUUGUGUGUCUCCAACAAACUCUCCUCAGACUUCUGAUCAAGAUGACACAGAUCCUGAUCCAAGAAUUGAGGUGGACAUGCUUCAGAGGGAGCUCACACGUAUCAAUGAAGAAAAUCAGAAGCUGAAAUAUCUGUUGAAUCACAUAACCAGCAAUUACUCAAACUUGCAGAUGCAUCUCAAUUCUUUAAUGGAUCAGCCUCGUCACUCUCAUAAUACAGUUGCAGAAAUGGUAACACCUAAGAGUGAAGAAAAGCUGGAAAAUCCUGUAAAAGGAUCGAUGGGAGUGCCUGGAAAGUUGGGACCAAACAAAACCUUCCUACAAAACCAGUUACUAGAAGCUCGAGAUCCGUCAAAGCUUAUUGGCACUGAUGAUCAUGAAGAUUCUCAUACGUUCGAAGACCAUGAUGAGGAGGCCCCCAAGUCUCUAGAAAUGUUGAAUCAUAUUGAUAAUAUGAGGAAGCCGAGCUAUAUGCAUAAAAUACAUGAAUCGAGCUUAAGAGGCAAUGAAACUGUUGAUGGAUCAGCUUCUCCAGAUCAUUCUCUGAAUAAUCAUGAAGAUGAACUGCACACUGAUACAAGGGAAGAUAGCCUGGAUGGAAGGCCCAACAAGGCACAGAAGAUUGUACAUCAAAGUGAGGCGACUAUCAGAAAGGCCCGAGUUUCAGUCAGAGCUAGAACUGAAUCACCCAUGAUAAGCGAUGGCUGCCAAUGGAGAAAAUAUGGACAAAAGAUGGCCAAGGGAAAUCCAUGCCCAAGAGCUUAUUACAGAUGUACCAUGUCAGUAGGGUGUCCAGUGAGAAAACAAGUACAACGCUUGGCAGAAGACAGAUCAAUUCUCAUCACAACAUAUGAAGGAAAUCACAACCACCCACUUCCUCCAGCAGCCACAGCCAUGGCAUCCACCACAUCUGCUGCUGCUUCCAUGCUUCUUUCUGGUUCUUCCACAUCCUCUGAUAAUGCUGGAUUCAAUGCAGCAGCUGCAGCUGUCAUGGCUGGUGCUCUCAUGCCUUCCACUCAUGUUCCAGGAGCCAGCAUAUCAGCUUCAGCUCCAUUUCCCACCAUCACCUUAGACCUCACACAAAACCCCAACCAGCUUCCACAAGGUCAAAUGGGUUUUCACCCAAGGGUACUUUCAGGCCUUCAGUCAUUUCCCUUUGGAGGAGCAGAGAUUCCAGCACAAAAAUUCUUUAACAGUUCAGUAUCUCAGACAUAUGGGCAUCACCCCAUUUACAACGGCAAUGAUUCCAUGUUUGCCCCUCUGGCAGGACAGCAAAGGUCUCCAUUAAUGAUGCAGGUUCCUAACACUAAUGGAGGAGUUACAGCAGCAACACCAAUGGGAUUCAAUAAUGGCCAAUCUGCUCAACACCCUUCACUAGCAGACACUGUCACUGCCUUAACAGCUGAUCCAAACUUCACAACAGCCAUUGCAGCAGCUAUCACUUCUCUCCUCCAAAACAACAAUAAUGCCAAUCCCAAUGCCAACAAUUCUCAGCAGUCUCCAUUAACAAAUGGACCUCUUCAGGCUAGGAAUGAACACCACCAAUAAAUUGCAGUUGCAUAAUCCACCAUUGUUUUUUCACUAGGCUCCUAAAUACAUGUUUUUUUUUCCAUUUGUGCAGUGGAAAUAAUUUCAAAGGAAGUGUAUAGUUUUGGUUGCAGACAUUGGAAAUUGUUUUGUAUAGUUGUCCUUGUUUUAUAUGUACAUGUAAAACAACCAUCCCAUAUAUCUGUAAUGUCUACAGUUAAAUACUUGCUCUGAUGAUUCUGCUGUAUUGAUCUAUUCUUUAAGAAUUUUACACAAUGAUAUUUGUAUCGGCAUUUUUUAGCAAAGAAAAAUGGUACCCAUUAAAGUUGGAGCUCAUAUCAGAGUUUCGAGGCCAAGUUUUAGACCAAUACUGCAACUGUGUUUAUGACUAUACGAGACAUUGGAAGUUCAUGAAAUAAAGGAUCUUUGAAGGUCUUAUAUGAAAGGAACUUCUGAUUAUGUAAUGGCAAAAAUAUAAAGGCCUUUUUUGUUUAGUUACUGUUAGGAGUAUCUUAUUGUUGUAUCUCAGUGUUGAAUUGAGACUCGUCACUUAUUCAUUAGGAGAGAUAGAGGCUCAUGAUUUAACUUAGAGGAGAAAAUUAUUUGUUCCAUACAGAUUAUUGUAGUCAUUCAAUUGUUUUUAAUAAUUUAAUUUAAUGAGAAAGAUUAUAUAUGUUUAUUUUAA